CGGAAAACGACUCCUAAUUAAGAUUUUAUUGUAUGCUGACCCGGUAACCUAAUAUAGUAUCACAGCCACAUCAGUGCUGUGAUCUACUUAGUUGCCUACAUCAGCGUGUUUCAAGAGACCGAAAGGGCGAGCUAACGUAGAAGCCAAGGCCUCUGAACAGAAAAACAAAUUCAAAAACAAUUACAAAAGCUUGGUGCAAAUUCUCUUAUAAUUUCUCUGCUUAUUUAACAUUUAUAGCCAUCACAGCAACAAGAAAGUUCAAGGUAGAAAGGGUUUCUCUCAAUGGCUUCACCAGAAAGAGAGAGCCAAACAUUCUUACAGAUUUCACGUAAGAGACUAAAGAGGCAGUAUCAUUCUAGUUAUCAUCAUCUCGAUCAUGCUAACACUAGUUUUACUCACGUUGAUCAUAGUGUUGAUCUUCCUGAUGAUGUUCUUGAUAUGAUUUUCUCUUUCUUGCCUAUCAAAAAAGCUAUGCAGAUUGGAAUUCUAUCGACGAGAUUCAAGAAUUCUUGGAACUUCAAUCGUAGAUUAGACUUUGAUAAUGAUUUUGCAAGGGGUCGUAGUCCUGAAGAUUUUAAAUCUAUAGUUAAUAAGGUUUUUGAUCGCCAUGCAGGCUCGAGAAUUUUAAGUUUUCGAUUAUGUUUUGAUCCAAACAGAGAGGAAUUAUUGGUCGAGAAGUGGAUCAGGAAAUCCAUUGAAAAGGGUGUUGAAGAACUCGAUUUGGAAUUUUAUCAAAGCGGAAAUGUUUUUGAAGGAAGAUGGCCUUUUAAACUCAAUUCUGAUGUUUAUGAAGCUGAGUCCUUGAAGAUUUUGAAGCUUACUUUGUGUCAACUUGAUCUUCCACCAAAGUUGAAAGGUCUGCAUGUUUUGAACACUCUUGUUCUCAGAAAGAUCAUCAUAACCCCAACAUUGAUAGAUACUUUAUUUCAGAAUUGCUUCUUCCUUGAGACUCUAGAUUUAGCACAUUGUCAUAGGAUUUUUCAUUUGAAAAUCUUUGCCCAAAAGACGUUUAAGGUGUUAAAGGUCGGAGAUUGCCAGGAGAUUCUGAGGAUUUACAUUGAUGCACCAAAUCUACGUUCAUUCCACUAUUGUGGACAUGUUUGUUUUAUCAAAUUUAACAGCGUCCCUCAAUUGAAAGAUGUGAUGCUCAGUUUCAGACCUUCAAAGGGCUUUACAGAGACUUUUCGAGUGAGAAAUCUUGUCUAUGAUCUCCACCCUAUUCAAGUUCUCACCACUACUAGUACUUUUCUUGAGGGCCUGUCUCCAAAGUUUAUUGGAGGAAAACUGAGGGAGAUGCAAUUCUUUUUUGGGAAUUUGAAAGAAUUUCAUUUGAUCAUGGAAGGCGCAAUUUACUGUAAUCCUUAUGAUAUUAUUUCUUUCCUGAAGCAUUGCCCUAGCCUGGAGAAGAUAUUCAUCGAUCUCAAAGAUUUUUGCUUCGUACGUGGGCCGUAUUGGGAAUUGCAUAAUCGACAAUCUUUCCAGAAAUACAGCGCAUCCUUUGACUGCCUGAAGUUCAUCAAACUGCCAGGAUUUAAGUUUCAGAAAGAUGAACUAAUGCUGGUGAAGUUUUUCCUGGAGAGGGCAAUUUUCCUGGAGAAACUAGUGCUGGUCACUCCCAAGUCUAGACAUGCCAGAGUUCUUACACCGAAUUUACAAGCGUAUUAUCAAUAUCUGCAGUCUUGGAAAGCAUCUCCAGGAGCCCAAAUAGCUGUGUUUGAGCACUUGAAUGACACUUCUGUUUGUCCAAUGCACUCAAAGACCUGGUACUAGUCGAGAAGGAUUGGCCUUAAGAGAUUUUGAAGCUAAAAAAUGCACUUCAGAUCGCAGUCUUAGACCAAAUAAUGUAGGAUUUUCAGGUGCCUUGUCAAUUUUUAAGUUAGGGGGGAAAUGAAAGCUCAACAGCAGAGGUUAUAUCAUAGUUUAAUUAUAGGUUUAUAUAUUGAGAUGGUAAUUAAUUUAUAUAUUGGAAAGACAUUGGUAUU